UCUGUGUAGCAUAAUGUCGUCGAUCGCUGCCGUUGUUGUGUUGUUAGCAUGAAUUUAUUGAAUAAAAUUAAUUUACGUUGUAUGUUAUGAAAGAAUUAAAUAACUCAGUAAUACAUCUUCUAAUGGAGAGCAGGAAUAGCAUUAUUAGUACCAAAGAAUAGUGAACACUUUAUUGAAUUAUCUGCACCAAAAUGUCGAGGAAUGGCGAAGUGUCAUCAAACCAAGGCAUAUUUACUACCAAGUUGUAUUGAGUAAGCAAUUUGACUACUGACAACAAAAGUGGCUACACAGACAGUCAUAAGGUGUCAAUUGAGGAUCUAAUAGGCCACGAAAGAAACUGGACUUGAAUUUAGGUAUGGGUAGCAAAACAGAGAAACGUAAGGUGUUGGAUCUCCCCCUGGGAGGGUCGUCGGGGGACGGUGCCGUUUUUGUGCCAUUCUCAGCCAACUCAUCCGGAGUUCCAAAGCCAAGAACCUCUUCUAGAACAGGAAUCAGAGAUGUGCGGCCUGACAGUACUAGGGACAGAUUCCGGAUCUACCCAUCCAUGCAGUCAUCAGGAAAGCUGCAGUUGUCUGCCACAGAGGUGUACGACUUCACCGCAGAUGACCUUCAAGACCAUGGGGAAAUUGGACGAGGGGCUUUUGGAGCUGUCAAUAAAAUGGUUCACAAAAUAACUAACCGUGUGAUGGCGGUGAAGCGGCUGCGGUCCACGGUGGACGAGCGCGAGCAGAAGCAGCUGCUGAUGGACCUGGAGGUGGUCAUGAAGAGCAAUGACUGCCCCUACAUUGUGCGCUUCUAUGGAGCUCUGUUUAAAGAGGGUGAAUGUUGGAUAUGUAUGGAAUUAAUGGAUACAUCAUUAGAUAAAUUUUACAAGUUUGUAUUUGAAAAGAUGAAGUCUCGAAUACCUGAAACCAUUCUAGCGAAAAUAACACUGGCUACAGUCAAAGCCUUAAAUUACUUAAAAAAGAAAUUAAAUAUAAUACAUAGGGAUGUAAAGCCGUCUAACAUAUUAUUAGAUAAGCGAGGCGACAUAAAGUUGUGUGACUUCGGUAUUUCCGGGAAGCUCGUGGACUCGAUAGCGCGCACCCGGGACGCCGGCUGUCGACCUUAUAUGGCGCCGGAGCGCAUCGACCCGGGCCGCGCGCGCGGCUACGACGUGCGCUCGGACGUGUGGUCGCUCGGCAUCACGCUCAUGGAGGUGGCGACGGGCGAGUUCCCCUACCCGCGCUGGGGCUCCGUGUUCGAGCAGCUGCAGCUGGUGGUGCAGGGCGAGCCGCCGCGCCUGCAGCCGCACCACCAGCUGCAGCCCGCCAUCGUGCACUUCGUCAACACCUGCCUCAUCAAAGACGAGACGGUCCGGCCGAACUACGACCAGCUCCUCGAGGACCCUUUCAUCAAGGGCAUCGACCAGAGCCGCGGAGAGGUGGCGGCAUACGUGUGCGAGGUCCUGGCGGCCAUGGAGAGCAACGGAGUCAGCCCCUUCACCAUGGACCAGCCGGCGCAGGCCUGGAUCGACUAGGCUCGUGGUUAAAUACUGCUACGUAUGGCACAUCGGCAGCGCGUUAAGAGCGGCGACAUCUAACACCCUAACGUUUGACGGUGACUUUAUAGAAGGCGGCAUAUUUUGUGAACUUGUCACCUGUAAGAUGCCUUCAUAGAUGCUUCUCUUGCCGUGUGUUGCUCGUGCUAUCGACAAAAUUAACGCCACGCCUGAAAUGUUCUUAUCUGUUUGUAGGCAUCAGCCAUUAAUAGGACGCUUUUGACAAUAGGGUAAAUAUUUUUUUAUUUUAACAGAGGUUAGGCGGAUAGUUUUGCGAUAGUACAACAGACUGCUGGCGUCAGCAUAACGCAUUUUCAACCCAGUUUGAGAGUGUUUCUUGCCGCUCGAACACCAAUAAAUAUAAAAUAGUACAUUGCUGAAAAAUGCAGCGACUGUACCCCUAGGUGGCGACACCUCUGCAUCAUAUAAUAUUGAAUUUACUACAGCGAUCGACUAGUAAGAAAACUCGCACUAUGAUAAGGAGUGAGAUGCUUAGAGACGACUUAGAGCACGUAGAUUAGUUUCACAGUCAGCCAGUUUGCUUCGCCAAUACAUUUUUGUUCCAAUAAUCAUUGCAAGCAUUGAAGAAUAUACAGAAUUAACCAUUUAUUCGCUGACUGAGCCUUAUCGGGACAUGUCUUUAGGGUGGGGGUAGGGUUCAUUCUGACGGUACUUUCUUCAGAAAUGUGUACCUAUGCUAGCGCGUCAUAAGUUUGGCAUAAGUACAUAUAUAUUUUCACUCCACUCGUGCCCUACCAGUUUCUAUGUGCUUUGCGCCUUACGUGUGUUUUUGGGACUGUUGAGGUAAAAAUUAAGGUGCAAUGAAAUCAAUUACCAAUUACCAGGGAUGCCUUGUGUUACUCGUAUAUUAUAUUGAUCAAUCUCGUAAUAUACCUUCAGUGUGUGUCUCAACGUCCCUACGAAUGCCGAGUCGUUUCGUUUGCAACUUGCUACUUGACAGGAAAUGUCCACUACUUUCGCACUUGUUGGUAUUAUUACAUAUCUAAAGGCUUCUACAUUAACGGCAAGAAUCAUGCUUAGUCAAUCGCGAGCAGUAUCACCCACAAGCCGUUAUGUACAAGUUCUUUAGGUACAAAAUAUGACCGAUUUUGAAGCAAGUUUACUCAAAUCCCCGCACAGCAUACAUUACGUGCGACGACUUAAAGUUUUGAAGGCCUUCAUUUGAGUUUAGUUGCUUGGAAAUCGGGAAUAAUAAGAAAAAUCAUGAUUUUUAAAAAUAUUUUCCACCGCUACACUUUUAGCAAUUCAGAUAUUUUGGACAAUGUGGCACCUAAAGGGUGUAGGUUAUGGUAGUCUCUGUAGACGAAAUGUUUCCAGAUGAAAGGAUAUUAACAUAAUGAUAGUGUAGUUCCAUAGUUACAUGUAAAUGAUAACCAGGUUCCCAAUGCUAGAUUCAAUUAUGUUCAGUUAUAGGUGAAAUGUUGUACAGAGAUAUUUUUUCUAAAAUUAUUCAAUGGAGCUUAUUGGAUUAUGGAUGCAAUGUCGCAAAUGGAUAGCUUGUUAGGAUUCUUUACCUCUCCGUUUUUGUAUGUAUUUUAAAUUUCUUAGCAUGUAAGGAUAAGUAAUGAAUUUGCCAUUUUGUUUGCUCUUGUCAUCUGUUUUAGUUCACCAGUUAGCUAAGUGUUAUGCUGUAAUCUUUGUAGAUAAAUACCUUGCAAUACACAGAGUUUCUCACAGAUAUUUCAUAUCCUUAUUUUUAGUGGUUUUAACUUAUCUUCAGCUUAUUUCUAUUUUCCUAUAUUUAUUGAAGUUAUGAAUGAUAAAUUAUAUAGGUUUGUUACAUUUGAACCAUGGUGUAGUAGGUGUUAGCACAAAUGAGGUUAUACUGUGUUGUGUUAGUCACUCUGGUCACUGUAAUCUCAGACUGGGAGAGAGGGGAAGGGAAGGGAAGGGGCUGGGGGGAACCUGGCUGCAGACGCUAACUUCUUGUGAUUGUACAUUUUGAUCUUCUAUAGUGAAUGUGAAUGGCUUUUAGGUAAAUUCAUUUGGCUGAAUGAGAUACUUUGGUUAAGACAUAGUAAUUUUAUAAAUUUGUAUAUACGGACAGACAGAUAAUAAUUAUCAAUAAUUACUAUCUAAAAUGAGUGUAGCCUAUUCUUUUUUAUAUGGCAGCCUUACACCUGAAUUGGCAAAGAUAUUGUAUUGUACAUCACUAUUGCAAUUUAGUUUAUCACCAUAUUUAAUCGAAAAAUUUAUUUAAUAAGAUUUGGUUCCCAAUUAUUAUCUUUAAGAAAUAGAAUGUUAUGAAAUA